CGGUAGUGACAUGAGACAUGACGUGUGACGAAGCCACGAAGCCAGUAUAUUAUUGUUUUGUGGGCGAAACUGUUAAUGAUGUCAAAAUUGAAGUUGCUGUGCUUCGUAAAAGUUUAUAGUUUUUCGGUGAAUAUGUCUUUUAAUUUCAGUUUAAAAUAUAUUGUGGUGUUAUUUUGUUAGUUUCUGAAGUGAUUCUUUUAACUCCAUCAUCCACUUGUCAUAUCUAAGAGAGGAAUACAUUUUUUAAUAUUAACCCAUGAAUUAUAGUAUAUUGUUCAGCAAAAAUCUCGAUUUUUUACAAAAAUACCCCUUUUAAAUGGCAGACAAUGGUUUAGGACCCUCAAAACGCGAUAAUGGUCUGUUGACACAACACAAUUUAGUAUGUAAAGAUCUUUAUGAUUAUUUGAAAACAUGUCCACCAAAUAUUCUUGAAAAGCUGUACAACCAUCCUACCAUCUGUUUAGCUGUGUACAGAGAAUUGUCAGAAUUGGCUCGGCAGUAUGUAAUAAGGAUAUUAUUUGUAGAACAACCUGUACCUCAAGCUGUGGUUGCCUCAUGGGGCUCACAAUCAUUUUCCAAAGAGCACAAUUUUAUUAGCAAAGUAUUAACAGAAUUAUCAUUAUGGCAAGAAGCAGCAAUACCAGGUGGCUUAUUAGGUUGGAUUUUAUCUCCUACAUUCAAAAGGAAUCUCAAAAUAGCCCUUCUGGGAGGUGGUAAAGCAUGGACAAUGUCCUCAGCCUUAGAAGCAGAUAGCAAAGCUAGGGAUGUUGCUUUCCUUGAUGCAUAUUCUCAAGAAAGAUGGGAGUGUGUACUACACUAUAUGGUUGGUUCACAACAACAGGAAGGUAUUUCAGCAGAUGCUGUUAGGAUUUUACUACAUGCUGGUCUCAUGAAAAGGGAUGAAGAAGAUGGUAGUCCUGUGAUAACAAGGCGAGGAUUUCAGUUUCUACUGUUGGAUCGUCAGUCUCAAGUAUGGCAUUUUCUACUCCAGUACUUAGAUACAGUGGAAGAAAGAGGUUUAGAUCUUGUUGAAUGUCUCACAUUUUUGUUCCAGUUGAGUUUCAGUACACUUGGAAAGGAUUAUAGCACGGAGGGUAUGAGUCCUGGUUUAUUAGUAUUUCUACAACAUUUAAGAGAAUUUGGUCUAGUUUACCAAAGAAAGCGUAAAGCAGGAAGAUUUUACCCCACAAGGCUAGCUCUUAAUAUAACAAAUACUAGGAACAAGCCAACACAAGACAUAGAGGAGGAUGCUCCUAAGGGAUACGUUAUAGUUGAAACCAAUUAUAGGGUGUAUGCCUACACAGACUCAAAUCUACAAGUUGCCCUUAUAUCAUUAUUCACCGAACUAAUAUAUAGGUUUCCCAAUUUGGUGGUUGGCGUGAUAACACGCGACUCUGUGCGUCAAGCGUUGCGUGGCGGCAUUACAGCGGACCAAAUAAUCGGAUACUUAAAGCAACACUCCCAUCCCCAAACCUACACAAGCGAAUCAAAACACCCCUUGCCACCCACUGUAGUAGAUCAAAUCAAACUGUGGGAGUUAGAAAGGAAUCGACUUACUUAUAGUGAAGGUGUCCUCUACAGUCAAUUCUUGUCGCAGAAUUGCAGCAGUUUUCAAUAAAGACGCUUCGGACAACGCGAUGAUAUCAGUUUAUCCAAUAGGAGACGAGAUAUAUGCAUUUACAGAAAUUCCAACAAUCCACAGAAUCAACCAAGACACUCUGGAAACAGAAGGCAAAGUGAAUAUAAACGAUUAUGUGUCGAUAGUAAACCACACUUCACAUCCUCAUGUACUAAGUGAUGGUACUGUGUACAAUUUGGGAACGACUAUCUAUGCGACGGGUCCGCAUCAUACGAUUGUCGAAUUCCCAACAAACGAAAAAAGUGAUGCGAGUACAAUGUUCAAAAAUGCCAAAAUAGUAGCAACGAUUCCAGCAAGAUGGCCUUUAAAUCCAUCAUACAUGCAUACGUUCGGCUUAACAGAUAACUUUUUCAUAAUAGUGGAACAGCCGUUAUGCGUUUCAGUACCAGGAAUGAUAUCAGCAAAAUUUAAUAAUGAACCUUUGGCAGGAUGCUUUAGAUGGUAUCAUGAGGAAUUCACACAACUUAACGUGCUAUCUAGAAAGUCUGGAGGACUGCUUUAUACAUUUCAAGCGGAGGCAUUUUUCUAUUUGCACAUAAUACAUCAGUAUGAGUUAGACGAUUAUAUUGUCAUAGACAUAUGCAUGUACAAAGACCCAUCUAUGUUGGACUGCAUGUUUAUUGAAUCGAUGAAGUCAAUGCAACAAAAUCCAAAUUAUGCGAAGAUGUUUCGAGGCAGGCCAGCAAGGUUUGUUUUGCCACUGAAUCCAGAAAAAAUGGAUAAAGAGCUGAAUAGAAAUUUAAUAAAACUGAAGAACUCAAAAGCCAAAGCUUACUAUCUACCUGAUGGAGAAAUUUUGGUGAAGCCUGAGAGGCUUCUCGAUCUUGGAUGUGAAACACCACGAAUUCACUAUGAACACUAUAUAGGCAAACCAUACAGAUAUUUCUAUGCAAUCUCAUCAGACGUAGAUGCAAAAAAUCCAGGAACAAUUAUCAAGGUUGACACUGUGACUCGGUCUAGUAAGACUUGGUGUGAGGAAAACUGCUACCCUAGCGAGCCUAUUUUUGUACCACGUCCAAAUUUCAAGAACGAAGACGAUGGAGUAGUUCUAGUUUCACUAGUAUGGGGCAGGACAGACACAAACCACGCUGGUCUUCUUAUACUAGACGCCCAAAGUUUAACCGAAAUUGGUAGGGCGGAAUUUACUACUCCAGGACCUGUUCCAAAAUGUCUACACGGGUGGUUUUGUCGAAAAGACGGACAGUGUAAUUAAAUAGGCAUAUAUAUUUCAUAUCUUUUAUGGAUAAGUAUAAUAAAUUAUUAAACAUUAUAAUACAACAAUAAAACAAAUGUGAAUAUAUAAUACA